AUGCUGUCUCUCGCCGCCGUCGCGGCUCUAUCCGCGGGCAAGUGCACAAAGCACGUCGUGGACUCCGAGAGGCAAUUUGCGGGCGGCGACCUGGAGGCGCCGGGCGUGCUCGAGGAGUUCCUGAGCGCUCGCAGCAGGGUCACGCCCUACUACAAGCACCUCAUCUUCCUGUCCGUGGGAGACACGCGCGACCACCGGAGGCAGAGCAAGGACCCGGCGCUGCGCACCAUCUCGAGCGAGUUUCUCUUCAACCUGCUCGCCAACCUGCGCGCGCUCAACCUCGGCUACCACGGGAUCCUCACCACGCCGGCGCUCUGCAAGUCGUUGCAGGAGGAGCGGUGCGAGUUCUCGUGCGCCUGGUCGACGCUGUGGCACAACCACCCGGGGCUCGCCCGGUGGGGCCUCGUGCCGGGCGACAUGUUCCUCAUCUGGCAGCAGCAGUGGCGGUACGUCUCGGCGGCGCUCGAGCGCGGGUACGACGUGAUCCGCGCCGACACGGACGUCUACUUUGCCGAGUCGCCCUACGCGGUCCUCAACGGGCCCUACUUCAAGGACGCGGCGAUGGUGGUGCAGCAGGACUUUGGCGGCCCGCUCGGGGAGAGGCCUUCUUGCACGAGGCGCAAGGACGAGCGCGACGACUGCGGCGUGCACCGCGGGACGGCGCUGCUCAACUGCGGCCUCGUCUACGUGAGGUCCGGCCCGGGCGGAGGCGCGUACCACGCCCUCAUCGACCAGCAGCUGAUGCGCGACACCGUCUCCGCCCUCUCCGUCCCGCUCCCCGACCGGAGCAAGCCGCGCGACAAGUGGCUCGUCGUCGCCGGCGACAAGCACCCCACCUUUUACGCGGCGGGCACGCACAAGUGCACUCUCGCCGGCAUGCUGCGACCCGUGUGCAAGAAGCAGUACAAGGAGCGAGCCAAGGCGGCGCACCUCGUCCAGUACGUCGCACCGCCACCAGACCCCACAAGCAUCGGCCCCUCCGUCGCGCGGGCCGAGCGGAUCGCCCUCGCCCCCGACUGGCUCUUCGGGCGCGGCUGCCUCACGCACGUGCGCUCGCCGCGCGUCCUGCUCGAGAAGGCGACGCCCGGCCGCGCUGCCAGGCCCGCGCGCCUGGCGUCGACCGAGACCGAGUGCCUCGUCCCGCCGACCGAGUACGGCUUGACGAUGGCGGCGCCUGGCCCUGCGGAGCACAUGCUCGUCGCGACGCACGCCCACCCGCCAGCCCGGCGGCGCCUCGCCACGCGGCACUUUGUCUACUCGAUGGCGCUCAAGCGGAAGCGAUCCUUCCGCUCCUUUGCCUGGGACCUUGCCGACAAGAGGCCCCGCGCAAACUACUCGCAGGGCAAGUGCUGGGACCGCAGCAGCAAGGGCAUCCUCUUCGGCCACACCUUCUUCGCAAACACGAACACAAAGUAUGUGCUCUGCGCCAUGCCAGAGACUGACUCGCCCGCGUGCGCCUGCUGCGCCGGCCUCAACCCCUUCCAGAGCAGCAAGAUCGAGAUGGAGACCACCGAGGGGCGGCCUCUCAUCAACCGGAACCAGCUCAAGGCGAUGGCCGGCUGUGGCGACUACCAGAUGUUCUGGGACCGCCGCUAA